CGCGCGCGGUGCCUGACGGGAAGCUGGAGGACUGGGAGGGGGCGCCGCAGCUGCGUUCCGAGCGCCUCUUCCCGGGGAGAGCGGUGGCUGUCCCUGCCCGGGUAGCGACGCGACGCGCCGCGCUGCACGUGGCCGCAGCCCUCGCUGUGUCCGCGUGUCUCCGCACGCGAUCCGGAGGAAUUGCCGCCCCUCAUCGUGGGGGGGGGGACGGUCUCGCCGGUCUCGCCGGUCUCCUUUUUGCUCUGUCUGUGGGACCGGGGGCGGCGUAGCGUGUCCCCGUGGCCGUGGGCGCCUCCCUGCUCUGCGCGGGCAUCGUCGGUCGGGCUGCAACCCCGUGAUCGAAGAGAGAGUGGAUGACUCGAGCAUCCUCAUCAUCGGCAUCAGCAGCGUCACGGAUCCCACGUAUCCUCCUCACCUCCUCAGUCAGUGGAACUGGACACACUGUCUCUGUCUGUCCUCAGGGAGACGGAUACAAAGUAUCUUCAUCCUCCUCAGCGGAACCGGACGCUCUGUGUCUCCAUCUUCGCCGUCAGCAUCCAUGUAGGCAGCAGAACCCGACGGAGGACCGUCCUCAUCGUCGUGUCCGGCAGACGGUUGCUCGUGGUCCGAGAAGCUCCCUCCUCCUCCCCGGAGAUGACUUCCUGGGGGACCCGUUCUCCUCCUGGCGGGGCGCUCCCUUGACCCGAUGACCCUCGUACCGCGGUAACUCCGCUGACUGACCUGGUGUCGGAGCAUCGGGGAGCGAAGCGAAAUCGAGAGCUUCUCAUUCGCUGAGGCGCGAUGAGGGAGACGGGACGACCGCACCACGAUGAUGUGAUCCCCCCCGCGGUGCCGCGAGUCGACCGCACGCCAUGACCGCGCCGGCCCUGCUGCCGCCGUCGGGUCGGAGGAUCCCGGCUCCGGCACCUGGCGCCGCCUCCUUCCCGCACCACCGGGCCACGCUGCGGCUCUCCGAGAAGUUCAUCCUGCUGCUCAUCCUCGGUGCCUUCAUCACCCUGUGCUUCGGUGCCUUCUUCUUCCUGCCCGACGGAUCCAAGCACAAGCGCUUCGACCUGGGCCUGGAGGACGUUCUCAUACCGCACGUGGACGGCAUGGGCCGAGCGGGCCGCCAGUCCGGCGCCCACGUCAUCCACGGCGAGGGCGGUCCCCACGAGCACCGGCACAGGCAGGAGGAGGAGAGCCUGAGGAGCCGGAUCCGGGCGGACCACGAGCGCGCCCUGCAGGAGGCCAGGGAGAAGCUGCGCAAGUCCCGCGAGGAGCUGCGCGCCGAGAUCCAGACGGAGAAGAACCGCGUGGCCCAGCGGCUCCGCGGGAGGGAGGCGGCCGCCCCGCCCCUCCCCCCCGUCCCCGUACCCAGGCCGGGGGGCGUCGACGACGGCGACCCCGGAGACCCUCGGGUCAGGGAGAAGCGCGACAAGAUCCGAGAAAUGAUGAAACAUGCAUGGGACAGCUACCGCCAGUAUGGCUGGGGACACAACGAGCUCAAACCCCUGGCCAGGAAGGGACAUUCCACCAACAUCUUUGGGAACUCCCAGAUGGGGGCCACCAUCGUGGACGCCCUGGACACACUCUUCAUGAUGGGGCUGCACGACGAGUUCCGUGACGGACAGGCCUGGAUCGAGCAGAACCUCGACUUCAGCGUGAACGCCGAGGUGUCCGUCUUCGAGGUCAAUAUCCGCUUCAUCGGCGGCCUGCUGGCGGCGUACUACCUGUCCGGCCAGGAGGUGUUCAAGGCGAAGGCGGUUCAGCUGGCCGAGAAGCUGCUGCCCGCGUUCAACACGCCCACUGGGAUUCCCUGGGCCAUGGUCAACCUGAAGAGUGGCGUGGGUCGCAACUGGGGCUGGGCGUCUGCAGGCAGCAGCAUCCUGGCUGAGUUCGGCACCCUCCACAUGGAGUUCGUCCACCUGACCUACCUGACCGGAAACCCCGCCUACUACCAGAAGGUGAUGCACAUCCGUAAGCUGCUGGCCAAAAUGGAGCGGCCCAACGGACUGUACCCCAACUACCUGAACCCGCGGACGGGGCGCUGGGGACAGCAUCAUACCUCUGUGGGGGGCCUGGGCGACAGCUUCUACGAAUACCUCCUGAAAGCCUGGCUCAUGUCUGACAAAACCGACACGGAGGCCAGGAAGACGUACGACGACGCCGUCGAGGCCAUCGAACGCCACCUGAUCCGCAAGUCCAACAGCGGGCUCACCUUCAUCGGCGAGUGGAAGAACGGCCACCUGGAGCGGAAGAUGGGUCACCUGACGUGCUUCGCGGGGGGGAUGUUUGCGCUCGGCGCCGACGGCUCCCCCGGGGACAAGGCCGGCCACUACCUGCAGCUGGGCGCCGAGAUCGCCCACACCUGCCACGAGUCGUACGACCGCACAGUGCUGAAGCUCGGACCCGAGGCCUUCAAGUUCGACAGCGGCCUGGAGGCGGUGGCCGUGCGCCAGAACGAGAAGUACUACAUCCUGCGGCCCGAGGUGAUCGAGACCUACUGGUACAUGUGGAGGUUCACCCACGACCCCAAGUACCGGCAGUGGGGCUGGGAGGCGACGCAGGCCAUCGAUAGGUACUGCCGGGUCAGCGGGGGAUUCUCGGGCGUCAAGGACGUCUAUUCGUCCAACCCCACCUACGACGAUGUCCAGCAGAGCUUCUUCCUGGCAGAGACGCUCAAGUACCUGUACCUGCUGUUCUCCAGCGACGACCUGCUGCCCCUCGACAGCUGGGUGUUCAACACGGAGGCCCACCCCCUCCCCGUGCUGCACCUGGGGAACGCGACCCUGCCGGGCAGCGAAUCGCGGCGCUAGACCCCCCCGUGGGUGCUGCGGUGCCACCUGCCAUCCCCCUUGUCAGCGGAGCGGCGGGACUCGGUGGCCCCCUCCUUCCCGACGGUCCGGCGUCCGCUCGUUCCGUGAGGACCGCCGGGGUUCGACCUGCUGUGCGAACGUGGGACAAACGGAACAUCGCCGGGGUGGGACCCGGACCCGGGGGGUGCGGCGUGUGAGUGCGCGCGCCAGCCGCAUGGACGCGUGACCUCGGGGGACGCGGUGACCCCAGAGAGGUGCCACGACCCGGCGUUUUGUGUCGAUGUUCCGUUCUUUCACAUUGUUUGGCCCUUCGCUGCUCGCUGCAGGUGAGACUCGACAACAGCGCCACCUGUUCACGGUCCUGUUGACCUUUGACCCGGAACCCUAGCGUGGGCUGGGGGAUGAGCUGCAGUCACCCCGCGUCCCGCCAGGAUAGGGACAGUAAGAGCUGCCAACGGGGGGCGUCGGCGGGAACGGGAACUGGGUGCGUGUUCCUCACGCCCCUCCCACCCCACCCCCCCACUGAGCUGGACCACAUGCAACUGCUGUGUCCUUUACAUGACCUUUGACCUUUACAUGACCUCCUCCCAUCCGCCCCAGACCUGUACAAGGCUGACUAACAGAAAAAAUAAACGUGUGC